GGUUGGUCCGAUGGCAGUGCGAUUUCAAAUGAAUGCUACAGUCAGACUCAGUUUCCUGAAUCUCCUCCCUCUCUCACUGUCGGCCUUGACUAGCCUUUUCCAUGAAUUUAGUGCAAAACAACAAUGUCGUCUUUAGAGUGACAUUAAUUCACAUUUGUGGGCUGAACCUUGAACUAAAUAAUAUGAAACUGACCAAUUUUUUAUAUUCCCCAAAGUUCCAUUUUGAUUUUCUGAUCAUGUUGGCUGUGUUAAAAGAUGUUUUUAAGGUCUCUCAACAUGAUUUCAAAAUAACUGGUGGAUAAUGUAUUGACCCUCCUGUGCAAUCAUUUACCUUAAAAAUGUUUACCCUCUUCCAGGGCCAGAUGAAUACUUUGCUGUACCCUAGGCAACAAUAUUCAAUGGCCCCAUCAUAACGAUCCCAGGAUCGCCAUAAUCUGGCAAAAUACUGAAUGGACCAUCUUAAUAAAUAUACUCAAACUUCAAUAUCCAACUGUUAUCAAGUGCAUUUUAGUGAUGGGCACAGCAGUUCUGUUAGAUGUACUGAAUCACUAGAAUCAGUACAUCUAAAAGAUUCGUUCAAAAGAUUUGUUUACUUAAUCACUGAAUCAUUCAGUGCUUGGCAGGAGGAGCCUGCGACUCUGACUUCCUGAUCUGAUACACAGCUGAACGAUUCAGGAUUCAGUUUAGAUCAUAACUUCUGGGACCAGGAGACUGGCUGUGUUGUUUUAGCAAACAGGUUUGUCAAAAUGAACUUGUUUAUGAAUCAUGAUGUCUUAAGUGUACUGUCCAAUGGUAUGCUAUUUAUCUGGUCUACUCGGUAAAUUGAGCUCAGUGAGGGAUUCGUUCGCAAAACGUUUACCCAACACACUAUUGUCCUACUGUAUGCAAGUUGUCAUGGUGGCAAUUUAGCAGAGUUAAAAAAAAAAAAGUUUGUUUUCUUCGAGGUAUACACAACACACCCUAUCUCCCUCAGACAAAAAUGAUUCCGGAGAGUGUAGCUCACUGCGUGAUCCGUUCACCAAGUGAUUCAGGCGUCGGUGUGUGCGGUCCCUCGCUAGGCUGCUCGCCCGGCAAUGCCGAGUGCUAUGGCAGCUGCGUUGCAGACAGCUCAACUAAAGUGAUAAAUGAAUGAAUCACUUAAGGGAGUGAUUUGCUUUAGUUUGUUCACUUAAAAGAUUUGGUUAUUUUGAACGAAUCAUUCACAAACGACACAACACUAGUGCAUUUUGAUGCAACUAUGUCCUUUUAAAGGCCACUUACUCACAUUUAUGAUGUUAGGAAAACAAAACACAUCAGCAUCAGUAUAAUCUAGCAAAGCUGAUCCACUACAUAGAGAGGAAAGGAAGCAUCCUCCAUUUUCACAAAACAAAAAUAAACAACCACUUUCAAAGCAUUCAAUAAACAAUACUUAUUCAUAGCACAAAUGCAUCGCAUUGACAGAGCCAUCACAUAGGAAGUCCACAGACAAGACAAAUACAAAAAUCUACAAUCUGCUAGAAUCAAGUAACAUUUUGGACCUCAGCUCAACAGAAAUCUGCCAGUUUUCUCUUAACAAUAAACCAUCUACAGCAUUUUCAUGAAGCCACCGCAAUGAAAAAGUCAAUAAAAGGGCCUCUUCUUCAACCGUUGGACCUGACAAACCUGUCCACUACAAACACCCUCAACUUUAACAGAGAAUUCGAGUAUCACAUUUCUUCCCUAAAGCAAGGAUCACUGUAUAUUUUCUGUCUUUACACACAGAAGGGGAUUGUUGACUCUGUCUGCAUGCUAGAUGGUGUCAUGGUUAAUGUUUUCCAGCAGAGAGGGGGUGAAGUCAAACAGCACGCUUUCUUUUUACUCAGAAAAGGACUGAACUUGGGGUAACAGACAUUUUGAUAUUCUCAUUUUUGAAUCACUUUAUUCACACCUUACCUUGCACCAAGCAGCUAACUAUAAUCCUGGCUUGACUAAAUCUCUGCAGUCAUAAAUACACACCAAUCUUGCUCCUUUAAAUCAUAGGAAUGUAACUUCCUAUUGCUGCUACUGGUCAUUCAAUCUGCCCUCUGGUCCAUGUGGAACAACAUGGCUGACUCCUGAGGAAGGACAGUGGACGUAAACCUUAGUAAGACUUUGGGAGUUGAUGCUGCUAUUGUAUGCAUUCAAUGACCCCCCUCUUUGUAUUAUCUGUUCUACUUAUCUGGCCUGAUUUGUUCUUCUUAUUUUUGAGUGGGAGGGUAGAAAUACAAGCCAAUUAUGUUGUGUCACCACUUUGUGCAUUGCACCAUAGCCUUGUGCACGUGUGUCUACUCAUUUGGUUAUUUGGUCUUAUGAAUUAAAAAGAAAUGGAGGGAAAUGUAUGUGACAGAAAAAGAUGAAUGUAAAUACUCCAGCUGGGUUUGAGUGAAUGGGAUGGAUUAAAAAGCCUUAGUGGAUUCAUUGAUAAUAAGAUCAGUGGGCCAUGGCUGCAGUGUGCUUCACCGGCUAUCUUGUCUGAUUUUUUACCCUGGAUCACUUCAACAAGCCUUGGCUAAAAAUAGACACAGUGUUGUGAGUGAGCAGACCACUGUGGUAGUGUGUGUUUGUGUGUGUGUGUCAGUGUGUGUGUGUGUGUGUGUGUGUGUCUUUAAGAAUUCAUCUGUAAUUCGAGCCCUAUAGGAGUGAGAGAGAAAGAGAGAGAGAGAAAGGGAGAGAGAGAGAGAGAGAGGAGGACUGUUACUUGACACAACAACACCCCCCCUCAUCAUUUCUAUAAUCGAGCGUCGAGCUGCAUGAUCCGCACCUCUGCAAUUAUGCACGUUUUGUGUUGGAUGGGCUUCUCGGUAAACAGCGCAAAGCUGGCGCAGGCACACGGCUCCGGGCUCUCUGCUUCUGCUUCUGCUGCAUCCCCCACAAGUUGUUAGCCUGUGUGGAAAGCAAGAGGCGGGCUGUCUUGUUUAUCAAAAAUGACUCGACAUGGCUGUGGCUUCUUCUUCUUCUUCUAUCGCUCAACACACAAGGCUUUUCUGCGAGCGAGCCUGGAAACCACAACGCGUUAAGAGAGAGUGAAGGCGCACGUCAUCUUGAUGAAAGUCAUAAGGUAGGUCCACCCGGGGAUCCGUGUAUUUUCCACCGCUUUCUGUUCAUGUCUGUGACUGGUGAGCUGAACCACCAGUGGGCCAGUGUUAUUUCUCCUCCACUCAUUUCCCAGCAACAGCAGCUGGCCAAGCAAUGCGGCGUGAAUUGGCCUUGUGUGUGUGCUGUUAUAUCAUGCAGCCUUCCACUCUCCGGAAGAAAACCUCAAUGCAUCUCUUUAUGCUUUGGUUGUUGACAUGUUUGUUUCUGGUAAUCGGUUGUUUUCCCGGCAUCUCUAUCAAGUUAAUUUCGUGGAGCUGUCGUUUCCUCGUCUAAAAAGAGGUCUACCAGUCUUACGCAAGCGCAUGUCGGACCCAGCAGUCCUUACAUGAACACAUGCAACUGGCAAAAACAAUCUCCAGGUGGAAACCUGUCGGUGUCAUUCCUCGAAAACACACUUUGCUUCCAAGAAAAUGAGCCCAGAGCCUGGCUGUGGAGUCCAAACAUGCUCCUCUGAACCCUCAUGGUGGUGGUUUUAGUCAGUCACAGGGGGUCUAGUUAACACUGCUGCCCUGUUAGAGAGUCAAAUUGAAGUAAAUUCCUCUGAACUCCCUUCACUGGUAUUAAUGAGUACUUUCUCAGGCUGACUCCAGCAUGUCAACAGUGUGUAACAGAAGCAAAAUGGUUGUUUAUUUCCCCCCAAAAAAUAAUUGCAAAAGGUUUUUACACAACUCUGAAUUGGAGUCUGCUAAAACACUUAAAGGUCCAGGUCAUGUGUAAAGUAAUUCAAGUCCUCUACGCUGAACUGAUGUGACUCUACAUGUGUAAGCAAGUUGCAUUCUUCACCUCAGAAAACCUGUUCCAUGGUUUCCCUUCUUAUCACAGCUCACUUUCAUUUUGACGUAACAGAGUCAGUGUGGAUUCAGUUUGGUUGAUCUGUAAACAUGUAAGAAGUCUUAAAAACUAGGCCCUGUACCCUGGUUUUGUGCAAUCCCCACUCUUUUUCAGCUUCACUUCCUCUCCAUGUAUCCUUAAGUGACCUUUGUUACCAUUUACCCUUGGUUACAGAGUCCUACCCAGGACUUGCAGGACAUACACAUACAUGUGUGUACCUUAAACAAUCCCUCACUGCUCUUUGUGAGAGUAGCUGGACCUAACCCUGCUUGGCAAUCCAGAUAUCUCCUUAGUCAAAGUCGCCGAAUGAAAAGUCUCCUUAAGUGCACUUCUUAUUACAAAAACCCUUUCUGCCCUGCAGCAUGUUACAUUAGAGUUGUGGUGCUCACUGCCCACUAAUGCAUUACAGGCAGGCACAAGGGAAGGCCUCUGUAGAAUUGGCCUUUCAGUUCCCCUGUGGCUUUUUCUUGGCUACAGUGCUCCAGUGAAGUUCACUGUUUGCCUCCAAGCAUUUCUUUGGCGUAACGCAGGAACAAAAGCGUGCAUAAAAGCACCAGGGCUGGAGCCCCGGGGAGGGAGGUGUGUGGUUUUGUGUGUCUCUCUCGGGAGAUACUCUGUUCUACUUGAUGGAAGACGUAAAUAUGCCUUUUAAAGUUCAGUUGAUUUGUCCCAUUACCAAAGGGGCUGUCACAGCCAAAACAGACUUAAUGCGAAAAGCUCAGUGCGAUUCUUAAGGGCAUCUCAAGUGGUUUCUCUGUCAGUGACGUAGGUGCAUUUAGAAAAGCUCAUUCUGGACCUUUACUGUCAUAUAAAGAGCAUUCAGAGUAUGAUUGUUCGGUUAUUGGGGAUAGAUCCAGUGGUCAGAUCACCAAUGCACAUGGUUUAGGAUGUUCAGCUUGUUCAAGUCUUUGCUUUUUAUUGUUAUAAUUUCAGUUCCUUUUUGUACUGAAUAUCUUAUUGCACAAUUUUGCGUCAUUUUGAUUGCAUAAAAAAUCCUGUUAAAGUCAAAUCUAGGCAAGUACAUUUUCAGUGAGAACGCCAGGUCUGAGCAGAGCUUCUUCUCGCUCCAUGUCGGUCGAGGAGAAGAGCUGACGAUGAGCUUUAGUCAAAAACUAUCUUUGGAGUUUCUUUUUUUUUUAUAUCCACACUUUGCCCACAAGGUUUAUUACACCUUUUCUGGUUCAGGCCAUUGGCAGCUCCUACGCAGUUCUAGUUAAAAAUUUACUGGGCCCCUUCUGCCAGGUAUGAUUUCUCUGACUCACUGUAAUUGUCGCCAAAGGUCACAAAUUACUCCAGCUGCUUUAUUUAGCUGACCUAAAAUUGUCAAGCAAAAACAAGAGUCCCCGAUUGCUUCUCAUAGUUUUGACAUUUGAUAAACUUGUGAGUCCAGUUUCCUCUCUGACUUUAACCUUCUCUCUCUCCCUCUUCUCUACAGUGGGGUUGGGUGGCCAUGGACCCAUUCAGCCAGCUUAUCCUCACCAUCUCGGUGACCAGUUUCUUCACCUUCCAGUGGCUCUUCCACAAAGUCAGCCCCUGGAUGUCCACGCGCGUCAGCCCGGGCUUCCUCAGCCUCAGUGACAAGCAGAAGGUGGAGUGGAACUCAAGGUGACCUGAAAUGAACCCUGCGAAGCCUCUCUGUUUACACGCUAUGUAUAACCCAGAGUGUAGCUCAGCGCUCAGAUCAGAUAUUGGCCUGCGGAUGGGUUUUGUUCCAGCUUGGUAGGAAGAUUUGCCCUACACAGCCAGCCCACACAUUUCCUGUGACAUAGUUUCUGACUCACUUGUAGGAUGCACUGUUUUUGGCAAUGUUUGCUCCUCAGACCUGCUUCAAGGUGCUGUCCUCUUAGCUUUCCUUUGGCUGUGCAUCCCAUCCAAAUUAUAUUAAAUGUAUCUCCGAGUACUUGAUUUUGCAGAUUCUUCGGCACAAAAAAAACACCUUAUUUUGUCCCUGCCUGUUGCUUUCUCUUCUGUUGAGUUUAAACUCACUUACUCACUGAUUUCACUCCUGACAUCUUAAGUACCUGCAGCACGAGCAGCAGAAAUACUCGUAUUAUUCAAAUCCCCACUUUUAAGUUGUAAUCCUUCAGAUCUCCAUGUCAUAACUUUUCAAAGAAGGUAUUAAUUUAAUUUUCUUUUUGUCAAAAGCCUUUUUAAAAAACAUUUUUAGCUGAUUUGGGCAAAAAGUGAUAAAAUGCACCACACACACGGAUCCUGACACAGUUUUAGAGUUGGUCUGCGACAAUUAGAUAAGGUUUGAAGUAAAAAUGAAAGUAAAUAGAAGAAACUGGCCUCUAUUGUUAAUGUCAGACGCGUUUAAAACAAACACAUCCUGUUUCAACCUGAACCUCCCACAAUAACAGUAAAAGUGCAUUCAGUCUGACAAUGCAGGGGAUCACAAGAGACAUUGUGGUUUACUUUUGUACCGCAUUAAGCAGUGCCGCCACACCCCGCAAACACAAAGCAUGAAAUAAUCCAAAACAGGCUUUAAUCUCACUUUAACAGUCAGUUUAACCCUGUUGCUUUUAAUAACUCAAACUAUUUUAUCUUCUCGAAAAAGGAGCGACAAGCAGAAAUGCUUAAGGGGCGCGGUGCUCACAGUGAUGACUGAAUUAUUUGAUCAGCAAACAGUCAAGUGCCAUGCUGCUGUUUUAUCUGUUUACUUCUUCCAGAGCAUGCUGUAAGUGACUCGAGCAAGUAGAGCGGAUUAAAAAGAUGGAGAGGCAGCUGUGAUCUAAAAACAAUAUCAGAGCAGCGAAAGCUUCACUGUCGAUUUAAGACCCUUCAUAGGAUCCAGCCUGCAUGGCCUCGACUUGCCUGAGUCACUCGUUCUCAUUUAGUCACAUAAGUGAGAUUAUUAGUGAUGAGAGAGCAUGUGAAAUUCAAAUGGUCACACAGUUUACAAGCAGAUGAAAGUAAGAUGUGAAGUGGAGACAGAUCCGGGCUAUCGGGGAUCCCUGUUAACGCUCAUGACAUUGCAGAUCCUAAUUUAAGAGUCUUCCAGCCAGUGUUGCUGUCAUUCUGUCUCACUGAUGGAUGCUAAGGGCUGUCUCACCGCCUUAAUGACUGACUGGGACUGUGUGCUGCUCUGCCUGACCCUUCAGCGGUGUUUAAUCUUUUAGUCUAAUUGGUCUGAAUCUGUGUGCGGCCCUGACAGGCAAUCAGUUGAUUCACUUUGAGUGCUAAAACUUCAGCACUCUAAACUACGGAGGAGCUCCAGGCACUUUUAUGAAUUAAAAUAGAUAUUCGCUGCUCCUUUUGAAGAGUUUGUUGAGCGGAAAAUUUCACUCAAGUCUGACAGGGGAAGAUCCUCAUAGCUGCGUGUGUGUGAAUGUGUGUGUUUUGGUUUUCGUUUCAGGACAGUGUCGACGUUUCAUGCACUGUUGGUGGGAAUCUUCUGUCUCCACAUUUUGAUGUUUGAUGAUGCCGUCAAUGAAGACCCAGUUUGGUAAGUGUUUGCCUGUGAACCCGAUUAACUUUAAAACACUCACUUUUUUCACUCCCUGCCAUUUUAGACCAAAUUGCAGCUUUUAUUUUCUUUUUUUUUUUGUGUUCAAAUUUUUAUUGAAUUUUUACAUUUCAUUCUAGUAGAACAACAAAUAAACACAGAUAUAAUGAAAAUACACAUGACAGGACAAAAAAACAAACAAACAAGAAACGCACUUGGAGAGCGCAGACCUCCGCCAAACAGCUUAUGUCUCCCCUUAAACAAGAAAUGCCCUGACCGGGAUUAGAAUCCAGGACCUUCAAGGCUAACCUCUACACCACUGUGCUGCCCAUAGGUUAUCUUUCAGCAUUGAAAAUUCCAACGACACCCUUAUUUUUGUGUGUUCUGGAUCACCGUAUCCAGAAUUUUGUCCGGAUCACCACCAAAAUUUAAUGGGAUCCUCCUGGGGCUGAGACGCACCUCUGGUGGAAAUUUCAGGUCAAUCCAUGUGUUACUUUCUCUGUAAAGUUGCUAACCGACAAACAAACAAACAAACAAACAAACAAACGCUACCGAAAACAUAACCUCCUUGGCGGAGGUAAAAACAGACAGACAUAUGAAUAUACAAGCAAUAUUAAAAGAAUAAAAAAAAAAAAAGAGCUUAUAAGAAAAGUAACAAAACCAAACAUUAAUUCAAUUUAUACAGACAUCCAAGUAUAUAACUCCCUUACCUGCCCCCUACCCUUACAGGUCACCCUCCUAUUCAAUUGAAACUGCAGAGAUUGCGUUUACAUGUACUGCAUGUACAAACUUGGACCAGAAAAUAACAUUCUCUUCCUUUGCCCCAUGGAUGCAUGCUAAACACAUUUCAAGAUUUGCCAUGUCUACAAUUGAACAUGCCCAUUUGCCAUAGGACAAAGCGUGUGGGACCUUCCAUCUCUGGGCAAUGAUCUUUUUUGUGGUUGUAAGACCGAGCAGCUUUUAUUUUAAUGUUUUCUGAGGUGGAAAUAAACACUUUGUGGUUGUUUCUUUCACAACAUCUACAAUACAAGGGAAAAAAUGUAAAGAAUGGAUCAAGUCGUGUGUUUUCCAACUUAAAAACAAGCUGUAAGUGUUGGCAUUAAGUUGACCUUUGAUAGGAUAACAAAGGGAUUAUAUCCGAAGCCUGCUGGAAACAUAAGCAUUACACGACCAACUCUGUCGUCUUGUGAGAGGUUAAAACCGGAGUAAAGGAGUAAGAUUUGUCUGAAAAUAUGAACAAGAAUUAUUGAUGUGUAGUUUUAGCUUUCGUUUAGCAAUUUAUGGCCAAUGUCCUAAUCCAGGGACAUCAUUGGGCAGCUCAUUUGCACAGUGAGAUGAAACCAAAUACUCUUAUUUGACAGUGUAUUAGUCUGCAGUUUGAGAGCUGUCUCGAUUGUAUAAGCGCUCAAAGAAUCAGAGGAUAAGUGGGGCCGUGAAGGAUGCACCUGAUGCAGCCUUCACGGCCCAGGAAAAGUAGGACAAAUCUGUCAGCUGCAUUUGGGGGAGCCUCCGAAUUGGGACAGCCUUCGACGUGCUGCUGUGAUGCAUCUUCAAAUGUGGCCUUGGAAAGCUGCAGCACCUGAAUUAGGACACAGCGAUAGUUUUCAUUUAGCUGCGCUUGUCAGUAUAACAGAAAGAGAUACUUAUUGAAGGGAUGUCACAAACCCAGUCAAACACACUGUUUUUGUCUUCAACAGGGGAGAUCCUACAUUGGUGAAGACUAAUGUUGCCAUCACAACAGGCUACCUCAUAUCUGGUAAGAGUGAAAUAGAGUUUACACAGGUAAUGAGAUGAUAUGUCUUCAGGCAUAAACACAAUAAAAGGAAGCAUUUGAAGUCAGGAUCUGAUUUCACCAAUAAAAAUGAUCUCUUUGUCCCAUGUACUCUUGUUUUCCAGAUCUGCUGCUAAUAUUUUACUAUUGGAAGGCGAUAGGCGACAAGUUUUUUGUAGUUCACCAUCUGGCAGCAUUGUAUGCUUACUACUAUGUACUGGUGAGUGCCCUAUUGUCCAAUAGCAGAACAUGCAGGCAAGAUGGGAAAGAGACAACCAAGGAUGAACAGCUGUGUCCUGUCAAGCUGGGCGUGUUAAUGUAGCCCCCAUUUAGCGAGCGCCCAUGACUGUCCCCCGUGCAGCUCGACAGUUUGCUGAAAAGGGAAAGUCAGUGUAGGGGGAAGUGAUGUUUAAAUAUAAAAGGACAACUGAGAAAGAGGAGGUGGAUCAUGGAAGUUUUACUUCUUUCUGCAGUUAAGUGAAGAAAAAGAGUCAAAGUAAGUUAUGUAAAAGUUUGUAAAUAAGAGUGAAAACAGCUUUAUUUUUGUCAGUGAAAGGGAACAAGAGUUUGUUUUUACUCCCAGUUUUUUGGAAGUCUCAAGAUGUGACGGUUUUGGUCGUAAUUUAAGCUUUCCUGAAAAUGACACAUUUUUAAAGAGAUUAUUAGUGUAAGUGUUUUUGCUCAGGUUUAGCCGUGAUACAAGCUGCCCUCUUACCAAAGAUCAUCAAAACAUUUAGCAAGAAGUGCAAAUCCAUUCUUGGUCGACCCAAUAUUAGCUUUGGCCGUGAACUGAUUCUAUUUGUUACUCAACUUGUGUGCAAAGCCAUGACGCAUUGGUGUUCGCUAUCUAACCUUCAUGUCUGGUGAUAGUCUGGUGUAGCUACUCAGCGUUAAUGGGCAGUGCUGUUCACUCUUGGUUUCAUCUGAAACCCUCGAGGUGGUCAGGAUCUGUGAAUAACUCCUAUGAAAUGAAUGACUAUGGUAUUUUUUGCAUGGAAUGCUCAAUGAUGGUACUGGCUGAUGACUCCCCCCCUUCCCCUCUCUCACCUUGCCCUUACAAUCUCUGUGCUUUCUGUUUGUUUUACCGCCCCCUCCCCUUUUACUGUUGUGUGAAUCUGACGUAAGCUGAACUCUUCUGAGCUUAGCGCAGCUGAAUGCCGAACUGUAACCACUGUGUGCAUGCUGGCAGUUUUGAAGCCUUCUACUCAGACAGGGUUCCUUUCUUCUUACCGUGCAUGCCAACAAACAGUAUCUAACUAUCUUAAUUACUGACCUCCCUAUCUACAGUACAUUUCACCUGUCUGACUUUGUGCCAGAGCCUAGUUCUGCCUCUUCUUUCUCUCUCUUACGCUCCUCCUGCGUCUCCCCAAUGAAGGAAAACUGAUUCCCACUCAAGCCACUCAAAUGAUGCUACCCCUAUAUGAUAAUGAGCAUCCUCAAACCCCGCCCCCUUUUCUUAUACCAUGUUGAAUGUAUCCUUGCAGGUGUACCCUACAAGCUCAAUACAGUUAUUAUGUUAUUCCUAAUAAUUAUUUUGAAAGCCAGUCUUUUCUUUUAUAUUCAGUUUACAGUUCAGGACGUAUAUUUUAUACAGAAGACCUUACAGUGUACAUUGCUCUGCCUCCAAUCUCCAUUUUUAAAGAAGUUUCACAACGCUUAAGUACUGUGCUUCGAGUUUUAAGUUUCCUUUUGCAAGUCUUGGAGAAAAGUGGAAAAAAUGUGAAUAAACUCUAGACUCACACCCUUCCCUUCUCUGCUUUUCUAUCACGGACUGGAUUUACAGAUGUGUAAAUAUCGCACAUGCAGCUUUUUUGUCACUUAAGUUUUAAAGAGAAUUAUUUUAAAGGGAAUAGAUUUAUUUUCAGACUGUAAAUCCAGCCUUCGUUUGGAGAAAAAGAGCAAGCACCUGUAUUUUAAUCCUCAAUGAAGUAGGCCAUACUGUUACUGGACACUCAUGACGGUUCCCCUUUAAACCGCAUUUCGAACUCAUUUUGGAUAACAGACAGGAUUUUACCAAACUAAACAAAAGCAACCCACCUUAUUUCAGUCGUAUUGAAUUUAAUUAAAAAUCUUUGAUGUGACUUUUAUUUGAAUUUUGUGCCCUGUCAGAUUUGUCAUAUGUUGUUAAAGUCUAUUAGUGAGUGUGUUUGGUGUGUUUAUGUGGAGGUAUUCAUGUCAAAUACUCCAAAUGACACAAAUUUUGAAUCCAGAGGCACUCAGCCAAAUUAAGGCAUAGUUAAGUAAUGUACUUUUUAAGUUCGAAUAACCUUUAUUUAAAAGUACAAGUGGCUUCUUUGUAUGGUUUGAUUAUCAGUGGAUCAGUCAGAAGUUUCUCUCUGUCAUAUGUGUUUGGCAUAUCAGUUAAAUAAUCAAAAUAACGAUAGCAAAUAUGUAAAUAUGUAAAUGCAUGCUCUCUUCUUGGUUUUCUAAGUGUCGCUUCUUAUUUGCUUCCAACUGUGGUGGCAUCUUUUCUUAAUUUUCUUCUUCUAAUAUAUCUGUCUGUCUGUCUCUGUGUCCUCUGCUGACUUUAACAUAAAUAGCCCCUCUUCAAACCCUACAUGCAAAAACUACCAACAUCAAGUCGGUUGACUCAUCCCCCGUUCAUGCAAAAACUACCAAAAAGGGUUGUGUGUCAUUGAGAAACCCAGAACAGGUCUUGAUCUAGAUGGGGACUUCUUUAUUCCUGUCUUGUCUGCUGCUAUUGCUGUUGUGUUGCACUGAGCAGAUAUGAUGCCCAGUCACAGUAUGGACUUACCAGUUCCUAGAUGUACUAGCAUGCCAAUGCUAGGGGUCAUUUGGUACAAAAACUGCGAUGCAGGUGUACCCAGUUUGUGUCAUAUAGUAAGUAUGUCUCAAUGAAAAGCUUUUGUUUCAGCGCUGACGGUAAGUUUUCUUCUAAAUGAAUUAAAAGUCGUGCUGCUGGCCAAAUAGUACUGAAUUAUUUGUUCUUUGUGCAGAUUUGAAUGAAACUGAAUACUGUGAUUUUUUUACUUGAAUUUUUAGAUUUAUAACCUGAAAUUGUGCACAACUUAACCAUGCGUCACAUAUUCAAACAAUGAAAUCACAGCGCUCAGUCUCUAUGGUGCACCUUCACUGUGAGGACACUUAAUUCAAAUGUAUUUGUCUAAUGGCUCUUUUCCUACACCAUCAUUUAAGUCCUGAGUGCUUUAGAUAUCAAGUUACGGCAAUGUUAAGACGGGGUGUCCUGAAAAAAUCUGAGAUCAUCUUCACGUAAUCAAGCACUGAGUGAAAUUUCAGAUAGUAGCUUGUCUUAUCUUAUCAAAACCUGCUGUCUGGUCUGAAAAUCCUGACCAGACACUUAAAGAGAUUUCUUUCAAAUCUUGUUGAAGGUGAUCUCAAACCUAGCAUGAAGUGGAUUCAGGCCCUGAUCUGCCAAACAUUGACAUAUUUUGCUAGUAGCGCUUCUGACUCUGCAUGGCUUUUGAAUGUCCCUUUAAACUGCUGGCUGAAUGUACAGUAUAUAAGAGUGUUAAGUACUUGUAUUAAAGCCCGUACUGUGUCAUAUUUGCUCAAUACUUUUGUCGUGUUGCAGUGUAAUGUAAUGCGUGGUACUUGCAGUGUGGUUUUCUUCCAUGGUUUAAACUGUUAGUAUAACUCGGCAUAUUUUGGUGAGUAAGCGAGCUCUGUUUGCAAAAAUGCUUCAUUGUUUUGAGCAUUUUUGCUGGUCGCCUCUUUUUUGUGUGGCGUUUUUUCAGGCGGUAAAUCAUCAAGCAGUUUUAAUUUAUUGAUUUUUUUUUUAUUUGAUGUAUCGAUGCUUCAUACAUUCAGAAAAAAGUGAACUCUUUCACCAAAUAAGAGAAAAUAAAUCUGGUUGUAUUACUCUUUAACCUGACAUGCAUAACAACUCUCCAGUUUAUUCAUUAUUAUGCCAAAAUCCACACUCUCCAGAGGAUCAGUCCUUAAAGGGAUAUUCUGGCAUAAAAUUAAUUUAGGGUCAAACACAUGUAAUACCGAGCUAGACACCCCCUCAAGAGAUGAAUGUUACCGACCGCUUGCUUCUCUAGUUAUACCAACUUUAGUAACGACCGCUCAAUAGCAAUACACAGCAGUCUGAGGAGCCAUACACAAACCUCAACCAAAACGCCACUCUAUAGCCACAAAUAAUGCUCAGAACAGCACCUAACUUCAUCAACAGUACAUAUAGGGUCCUAGCCAUAGUACUAGCCACCAAACAUCUUUUUAGCUUUGCCUAAUUUCUUUAACAAAGAGACUAAACACAACUCCCCCCCUCUCUUCCAGCAGCCGCUUGUCUGUUGCGAGACCUCGGGCCAGUCUGUUAGGGACUGCAGCGUGGGGAUACAGCUCAAGGAGGAACAUUUAUGAUCAUUUCUUCAUGGAAAUGCAAUCAGACCGAGACGCUAAGGCAGAAGAUGCUUCAUAGUUGUGUUUAGUCUCUUUGCUAAAGAAAUUAGACAAAGCUAAAAAAGAUGUUUGGUGGCUAGUGCUAUGACUAGGACCUUAUAUAUAUAUACUGUUGAUGAAGUUAGGUGUUGUUCUGAGCAUUAUUUGUGUCUACAGAGUGGUGUUUUGGUUGAGGUUUGUCUGUGGCUUUGAGACUGCAGUGUAUUGCUAUCGUGCGGUCGUUACUAAAGUUGGUAUAACUAGAGAAGCAAGCAGUCUGCAACAUUCAUCUCUCGACGGGGUGUCUAACUCUGUGUUACUGUGUGUUUGACCCUGAAUUAAUUUUACACCGGAAUAUCCCUUUAAUGUGUUGAAUUUUCAUAUCCUGAGGGGAUGAGCCAUUUCACAGAGGAAAAACACUGGAGAAUCUAAAUGAUUGAAAGUGGUCAACAUAUCGAUGUAUUUGAUUGCUUCACUGUGAUUGAAUGGUGGAUGAGAAACAAAUACCACCAUUGUCGAUUAUUUUUGCCAAUCCGUCAUUUAUAAAAUCCCCACUUCUCUCCACCUGCUCCAUAGCAAAAAUGACUUUCUGCUCCAAAUGAUUGAGUAGAAACCAUCAUUAAGAAUCAAUUUAGAUAUCAGUCUAAUUCUGGCCCGCACUGCUUGAAGGAGUAAUUGUGAGCUCUGAAGGAGAGCCUCUCUUGUUAGAUCUGACAAAGAGCUCUAUAUUUGGUGCAGACCUCAUCUAAUUUUAAACCUUUUUCCCCUCACUGUAAAGCAUUAAUUAAAAUAUCAUAUAGUUGUGUGUGAUGAUGCCUUGGAAGUGAAGACGGACCCAUCUGAAUUUGUAAUAUUGAUGAGUGGGUGGUGUGCUACCUUCUGGAUGAAAUGAAUUGGUGUCUUCCUCUUGUCCCUUUCAUGUUUUUUCGUUCUCCUAUUCUCACCUUGUUCUUCCAGGGCCAAGGAAUGUUGCCUUAUUUUGCUAACUUCCGUCUCCUAGCUGAGUUUUCUACACCAUGUGUAAACCAGCGGUACGUACUUGCUUAUGAAUUACCUCAGGUUUAGGUCCUUUUAAUCCAGGAUCAAAUUUCAGCUCUCCUAAAGAUUACGUCAGUGGUUUAUUGUUAGAGUUUUAAAUAACACAAGUAUAAUCCACUGCAUGUUGCAUGUUCUUUUGGUGUUAACUAGAGAUGCACCGAUCCAUUUUUUUCCAAUCCAGUCUGAUACCGAUACCUGGGCUGAGCGUAUCGGCCGAUAUCUGAUACCAAUCCAAUACUGCUGUUGAAUGAAUGAACUGUAUACCUUACCCUGUGAGUGAAGGCAUCAGGUUUGUUAAUAAAAAAGGUAACAAAUUAACACAGAUAUAAAUUUACUUAAUAUUAUUUAUUCACUAAUAACAAAUUGCACAUUAGCACACAGCAAAAAGAAGUAAGACUCCCAUAUAUUGAAAAAAAAAAAUUAAUUAAAAGAAAAAAAAGACUGGAUUGGAACACUGUAUUGGCAUCAUUCAUCCGAAUUCCCAUCCAGUUAAUUUGUCAAUAUCGGAGCCGAUAUCUGAUCCAAAUAUCGAAUCAAUGCAUCCCUAGUGUUAACCUCAUUAUAGGAGGGUUUUCUUAAUCCAAAGUAUUUGAAUUAAAGAUGCAGAGGGCAAUAUUUAGCUAAACAGACUUGGUAGAAAUGGUAAUUGGGUAUAUUUAUUAGUAUUUUUAAAUUGGUGUAUUUUGUUCAAUGUAUCAUUUUGACAGCUAAAAUUUGACAAAUAGAGCUUCUUGUUCUCAUACAUCGCCAUUGUCUUACUGACGAAAAGGGCGAGCAAAGAAGAGAUAAAAUCCAGAUCCAAAAUAUCCCCAUGUCUACACACACUGUCUUAAAAGAUUUACUUUAAAUUGUCUAUUGUUGUCGUGUUUACAGUUUUUUUCACGGUAGAAACAACUUUCCUGAUUUUGUGUUGUGUUUCAGCUGGUUCUUUGAGGUACUUGGUUAUCCCAAGUCCUCCCGGCCCAAUAUGGCGAACGGCGUUGCCAUGGCCGUGGUCUUUUUUCUGGUCCGCAUCGCAGUCAUGCCGGUCUACUACACUCGUAUGUAUGCAGUCUAUGGCACUGAGGCCUUCUAUCUGGUGCCCUGGGGUGGCCGUGUAGCCUGGAUCUGCUCCAGUAUCUGCUUGGACAUCAUGAAUAUCAUGUGGAUGCAUAAGAUCGCCCGCGGUUGCUAUAAGGUGCUGCGGUCGGCACAUCAGAGCAAACCGGGCGCACCUCAGGAGAACGGGAAGAUGGAUUAAGGGAACCAGGGUGUCUCUGCGGAGGAAGCAGACAGAAUGACGUCACUGUCAGUGCACUGGUGGGCAGCAGCUUGGACACCUGCAUGUCACUCCUAGGACAUGUGAUACAAGAGGAACCGAUUUAUUUUGGAAAACCUGCGCAAAGAUGGACCGCUUAACUCAACUGGCCAUCCCGAAGCCAUGAAAUGACCUCUUAGCAAUACUCCGUGUGCAUGGCUGAUUAUCUCCCUUGAACAAUUUACCACUACACAAAAAGGUCGUCCUGGGACAAUGGACUGUUAGCCCUCCCACAAAUUGUCAAAAAGUUUACUCUUUAAAUACGUGCUCAACAAGAGACUUUUUCUAAAAUCACUGCAAUUUAGUCCCAGAGAUGAAAUGAUGAUAUAUGAGUUCAUGCUGUCAAAGUUAAGAUAUGAGGGAUCCUGGAAAACACUCACUGAUUUCUCUAUUGUGGUUAGUGCCAUAAAAUCAUUAGACGCUUGUUUUGCCGAAGUAUGAAGCAUCUUUUUUUUUCCUCUUUUAAUCUCACGGAGAGUUUGCAGUUAGCUCAAUUUGCAGGGAUUUGACUGACAUAAUAUGGAUUUACAUCAGAAUAAGCGUGGAUAAAUCAGCUCAUCACUCACCCACUGUCACUCACCCACGCUUAAAACGCCAGCCUUUAAAGUAGAGCACCAGAAUAUGGUGUCGUUCCCCUUUAAAUUUGGGGAUUUAAAUUGUGUGGGAUGGACCAGGGAUCCUCUCACUGUGUACUCUGUUUCUUUUGUCUUGUUUGGGACGAGGCGAAUAAAUUUUAAAGAUGCCAUUAAAGAUAAUUGUUUUAUCUGAAAGAGGACUGAUGCUCAAAGGGAAACUGAAUGUCAAAGCUUUGUUUGUACACUGAUUUUUCUCAUUUCAAGAAUAUUAUUUUUCCUUAAAGAAAUAUCAAACUUUUAUCUGACAUCAGAUUUCUUAAAUAUCACUUAACAUUCACAGGACUAUGUUGCUGACACUGUGUGGUAGGAUCCUGCACCAUAUUUAUUUCACAGUGCAAUGUUAGGGAGUUUAGAAAGAAAUCAGAGUACUGAAAAGAGAAGAUGCUUUAAGGUGCUGGUGAGAUAUUUUAAGAAGAUUCUGACCUUAUUUGUCAAGUUUCAGGUGUUGAAAAGGUUAUGUAAUCAUUAUCACUUUUUAUUUAUAAGAUCAGUGGCAUAAAUGUUUAAAUUUCACCCAGUGGGAUGUCUGGGAACAUGCUGCAUGCUACUUUUUUCCAUGAAGUUAAGCUGACAAGUUGAGUUCAGUACAAAGUUUCACCAUGAAUUUGAAAAGUGACUGACUGAUUUAGUGUGAAAUCACACGAUCACAGCGACCAGUGUCUCAGAUGGUGUCCGACAGAGUCAUUUUGUAAUUUAUUGUGAUACAAAUAGCUCCUGCCUCAUGCUAUGAUUUUUAACCAGCUGUUAAACACGAUAUACACUCCCAUGUUGGUUCUUAGGAUAGACACAAGAACGGUGGGGGGCGUCACUCGCUCGAUCAUUUCUUAAACUUCAUCCUUCUGAUAAAGCAGAUUGAAAACAGGAACAGUUUUUUUUUCAAAUGUUUUACUUUUUUUCAGAUUAAAAGUUACAAAUCAUGGAUGAUUUAUGAGACAUGUACUUGAAUUUUAAUUGUAAAUGUAUCUUUUUAUGAGCUGUACAGCAAAAGCUUGUGUCAAAUGUUUUGUGAAACAGAAACAGGGAUUGUUAGUUUUUUUUGAAGCACGCCUUGCUUUGUCCAGCAUUUAAUUUUGUUGCCUUUAUUUUGAAAAAGAACAACUUAUGAUUGCACAGUGGAUAUUUCUGUCGCAUCCAACUCCUCACGACACUGAAAAUGUGUAUUUUUCGGUGAUUUUAAGUGUGUGUUUUCCAUGUUUGAUGCCUGUCUAAAGUAAUUGUUUGGCCUCUGUAGUAGAUCAGUUCCAGAUGAAAAGCCAGGAGGCUUUUUGAGGCUGGUUUUUCUAGUGGUUUUGUUAUGCUAUGGUUUUGAAAUUUCAAAGAUUUAAUGUAUUUGUGCCAGUGCUUAGGCCGUUACUACUCCAUGAAGAUGAAGUUUUGUUUUUCUCAACUCUAUGAGCAUUUUCGUACAACAGUGCCAACUUGCAGCCAUGAUUUCAUGGUUGACAUCAACUCUGUUCACAUAACCAUUCUGCACUUUGUGAUUAGUCACUGACUGUAUGAUAAGAGUAAUUUUAGUUUGGUGUGGAUAAACAGUUUGAAAGCCAAACAGCGUGCUAGGAACAGGGUGCACUUGACAACUGAUAAUGUGUUGUUGUCACCUACAUUACAUCGAAAAAUCACUAUCUCACCCCUUAGAGCAGAGCCAGAGUGUAGUGCUUGUUAAUAUUUCACCUGAAUUAAAUGGAAAUCAUGCAACCAUUUCAGGACAGUGGGCAGCCUCUGCUAGAAUCAGGAGUGGCUCUGUAUGCAUGGUCAGUAUGGUCUUCUUCUUCUUCAUGCACCCUCUAUAACUGCAUGUGGUAUUGCAUGGGGAUUGCACUGUAAACAAAAUAGCAUAUACAUUUUUGCAAAACAAAUUUUCUCCGUUGUUUUAUUUUCUUAGUACAUGUACAUAAUGUUUUACUUAAACGUUAUUCUUGUACUGUGCCACACAAUGUAAUCCACAGAUGAUGAUGAUGAUGAUGAUGUGAUGAGAACAUCAUUGAGCAGAUAUUUAGUAUAAUAUCCAGCACAGAAAUAAUAAGUAAGGGAAUACUUGAAUACUAAUCUGCACAGCUCAUAACAACCUGGGCAGUGCAAAUAAACAUUAAUCCUAUUAGCGUCUUGCAUUAUAUGCCUACCAUUGUCUUUAAUUUAUUAAUCCAGCAGAUGUAGACAUAAAACAAAGCAGAUGCUAUGGUAGUGCGGAGAGCAUGGUGCUGCUGUCAGCAGGUCAGCUGGUGUUUCUGUUCUGAAUGUUGUAUGGAGGAGGGCGGGAGUGUUUAGUGACAUUCUAUGAAUGUAUUGGAGAAGAGAAAAUAUUUGUCAUUCACAUUUUUUUGUUCUUUACAAUAAAUAUCAAAUUAACCAAUGUUAUGUGUUUUAUUUGGGUUGUUUGUCUGUUU